CAAGGGAAGCAAGAAAGGUACCGCACUUACCCCGCUCUGUGCUUAUCCUUCUUCCCGCCCCGCCCCGUCUCUCUCGCCGCCAUGUCGUCGGACCACUUCUCGCUCCGGAGCUCCGUCGGCAGCCGCGACUCCGCGCCUCCCUCCCACCACCACCACCACCAGCACCAGCAGUACGUCACGCCGUACCCGCGCCCGCACGGCAACCCCGACCCGCUCGCCUCCGUCUGGAUCCGCCGCCUCCACCUCGCCCCCAACCCGCCGCCACCGCCGCCGCCCCACUCCGGCUUCGCGCCCCCGCCGCCCCACUCCAGCUUCGCGCCGCCACCGCCGCUACACGAGCACGACGCAGUCUCCAACCGGAGCGCCGGGUUCGGCCCCUUCCGCUGGAGCCCGCGCCCGCAGCGCGACGCGCCGGCCGGCGCCUGGGACGCCGCACCCGCGCCGCCCCCCGCCCCGCCGAUGACGUCGCCGUUCUUCCGCUCCCAGCCACCGCCGCUGCCGGCGGUCGGGGAGUUCGCGCCAGUCAGGACCGCGAUCGGGUUCGGCGGCGCCAGCGCCGGCGGGUUCCCAGGCCUGUCGUCGCGGGCGACGGUCGACGUCUACCCCCACUCGUCCUGGCUAACCACACCAGCUGCAGGUUCAGCUUAUCCUAACCAUGCAGUGGACAUGGUUCCCAUGAGAAAUUCACAUGAUCUCCAUGUUAGACAACACGGCAUGAUCCCACGAUAUAUUCCAAGGCCUGCUCCUAGUUCUAGCAGCCAGAACGAAGAACCUUUCUCCUAUUGGAACAUGGGGAGGUUUCAGAGAAGUACCACAACCUCGUCGAUAUCACAGGUUGCUGCCAUGCCUGAUAAUUUUGUGAAGAAGAGGAGUGCUGACACGAACGGUUUCCUCCCCUGAAAUUCAGAAAGCUGAGCAGGGCUGGAUAAAACCACACAUUGGCGCCACGGGUUUUCCUUCGCUCGGGGGAGAAGCAUAUACAGGCAGUUGUUGCCACGUUAUGGCAAGAAGAUGUCAGGAUUUGGUGGCUAUCAUGUAAAGUAAUUUUGCUCCAAAAACCUUACAUGGUAUGCGUUUGGUGUGGGAUCUCAGUGGUAGUUACCACUGGUGUACCAAUAAAAAAAGGUGGUGUAGUGUGCUGCAUAUCUUGCGUUGCUCGUGUACCUCAAAAUAAUGUUUUGCAUUUUGAUGAGAUAAAUGAAUAAUCACGUCUUCACAGUCGUUCAUGGUC